AGCGGCCCCGGCUCCGGCUCCGGCUCGGCCCGAGGGGCCCGGACGCCAUGGCGCUGCGCCCGGGAGCCCCGCAGCCCGCCGCCGCCGCCACCGCCCCGCCACCGCCACCGGGACCAACGGCCGCAGCAGCAGCGGCGGGAGGCGCCGGCGGGGGCGGCAGCUUCAUGUUUCCCGUGGCGGGCGGACUGGGGCCCCCUCAAGGUAUGAUGCCUUUGCAGCAGCAGGGCUUUCCAAUGGUCUCCGUCAUGCAGCCGAACAUGCAGGGGAUAAUGGGAAUGAAUUACAGUUCCCAGAUGUCUACGGGACCUCUGUCCAUGCAGGGUGGAAUUCCCCUGGGGCCGAUGCCAGCAGGAGGAUUGUCAUACAUGGGGCAAGCGCCUUUCCUGGGGAUGCGUCCCCCAGGCCCACAAUACACCCCUGACAUGCAGAAACAGUUUGCAGAAGAGCAACAAAAACGGUUUGAGCAUCAGCAGAAGCUGUUGGAAGAAGAGAGGAAGAGGCGCCAGUUUGAAGAGCAGAAGCAGAAGCUCAGACUUUUGAGCAGUGUAAAGCCCAAGACAGGAGAGAAGAGCAGAGAUGAUGCUUUGGAGGCCAUCAAAGGAAACUUAGAUGGGUUUUCCAGAGAUGCUAAGAUGCACCCUACUCCAUCUUCGCACCCCAAGAAAACAGAUUGUCUCACACCAUCCCAUUCCACCAUAACUGUCUCCCAAACCUCUGCCUUUAUCGACGAAGACGGAUUCAGCGACUUUGUGCACGGGCCCCUUGAAAUCCCUACAUUUGGGACUCCGCCCUCUUCUCGGCCUUUUCAGUCUUUCCACCCCACCACCUUGACUGGCCGAUUGCUUUCUGAGAAGGCCGUGAGCCAGCCUCCCCCUCCGGUCCAGAUGCCAAUGUCUGCCGCCCAGCCCGGCGCCUCUGGGCCGCUUCCUUUUUUCUCUACCGCUUCAACCUCCCUCAGUCCCCAGAAAACAGGCCUCUCAUUGGAGGAGAAGCUCUUAACCUCUUGUGAUUUAAGUACGCCCGGGCAAGGGCAAAUCAAAUUUAAUGCCUCUGCACCCGGGCCCCAAGCCUCAACCUCAGCCGCCAGUAAGAGUCACCCCGGUUUCCCGGCCUCUAGCAGGGGUGUCGUAGGUGGACCUGUCAGUGGCCCCGCCCCUGCGGAGGCAGAAAAGGCUACAGACCCAAACCUAGUAGCGGUUGAAGAGAGUGGUGUCGGUGUGUAUCCUUCACAGGACCCAAUCCAGCCCAUGAUGCCUUCUUGGAUUUACAAUGAAAACUUGGUCCCAGAUCUUUAUAAGAAAAUUUUGGAAACCACUAUGACUCCCACUGGAAUAGAUACUGCUAAACUCUAUCCCAUUCUGAUGUCAUCUGGACUUCCCAGGGAAACACUAGGACAGAUAUGGGCCUUAGCCAAUCGCACCACGCCUGGAAAACUUACAAAAGAAGAACUUUAUACCGUUCUGGCUCUGAUAGCGGUAACUCAGAGAGGAAUGCCACCCAUGAGUCCCGAUGCUCUGAGCCAGUUCCCAACUGCCCCCGUCCCCACUCUGAGUGGCUUCCCUCUGGCUCUGCCUGGCUCGGUGAAUCAGCAGGGGAUGAUGCCUUCAGGUUCGGCUGCCUCGAGGCCCCUUGGCAUCCCGCAACCGGGCCUUGGGAUUCCGGUCUCCGCACCAGCAGGUGCGGCUUCGGGCCAGGUUUCCAGCGCCUUCAUCUCUCCCUACCCUGCACACCAGGGGGCGAAACAAGAAGAGGAUGAUUUCCAGGAGUUUCAGGAUGCUUCGAAGUCAGGGUCACUUGACGACCCCUUCACGGAUUUCCACGCGGAGAUGUCGGCUCCUUCGAAAAUGGCCGGUUCUCAGCCUCUGAGCAGUGCCCCUUCUUUGUUGGUGCCAUUUCCUGGGACAAAAUCAUUAUCUACAACAGAUAAAUAUGCGGCAUUUAAAGGAAUUGCAACUAAUAAACCCUCAGAAAGCGGCGCUCCAUUUGGAGAAUGUGAAGACAGAUACAGCGCUUUCCGAGAGUUGGAGCAGCCAGCCGAAAACAAGUCCUUAGGAGACAGCUUCGCAGAGUUCAGAUCAGCAGGAACCGACGACGGUUUCACAGACUUUAAAACCGCCGACAGCGUCUCCCCGCUAGAACCACCGGCGAAAGACAGAACCUUCCCGGCCCCCUUUCCCUCGUUCCCCCUCCAGCAGAAGCAACCCCUCAACCUGGCGGAGCUGGAUAUGUUUUCCUCGGUCGGUCCCCCCGGGGAGAAAUCCCUUCCGUUCCCAGCGCCUCUUCCCAGCUCAUCCAAACCGGUAUCUGUGGGAUCGCUGCCGCCGGCGGUUACCGCCGCCGCUCCGACGGCUCCGUCGGGAGCCACCAAAAAUUCAAGUUUAGCCGACGACUUUGGAGAAUUCAACCUCUUCGGGGCUUACUCUAACUGCGCGUCGGUUGGCGGGCAGGACGACUUUGCAGACUUCAUGGCCUUCAACAACGGCCGUGGGUCGUCGGAGCCAAAGGCGGACGACAGAGGCCACGCUCUCCGCGAGGAAGCCCGUCCCCUCCCUCCGACCGACGGCUCGAGCGACGCGGCCGGGGACGCCGGGGAGAACCCGCCCGCCCCCUCGACCAAAUACGACGUCUUCAGGCAGCUGUCUCUGGAGGGCUCGGGGUUAGGCUUUGAGGAACCGAAAGAGGGCUCCCCUUCGGUGAAGAGCGACGACGACUUCGCCGACUUCCACGCCAGCAGAGGCUCCUCCGCCGGGGGCGGCUCCGAGAAGGCGGUGGCUUUCCGACACGCCAAAGAAGACUCCGCCUCCGUCAAGUCCCUGGACCUCCCGUCCAUCGGGGGUAGCAGCGUCGGCAAGGAGGACUCGGAAGACGCCCUGUCCGUUCAGUUUGACAUGAAACUGGCCGACGUGGGAGGAGAUCUUAAGCAUGUCACGUCAGAUAGCUCUCUGGAUUUGCCAAUGGUUAGUGGCCAGAAUCUGCCCGCAGCAGAUCUAGAGGACUUAAAAUGUGCUUCCUUUGGCAUCUACGGCAGUGGCCCGACCGUGAGCUCCUUCCCGAGCUCCUGUUGGUCAGACAGGGAUGACCCAGUCGAGGUCAGGAAGCUCUCUCCCUUGUUCUCCUCAGCAGGAGGGGAGGCCUCGCUGGCUACCUCAGCCCUUCAGAAGGAGGAGAUUUCGUUCGGCAGGUCUGAGAACGUCACCAGGACCACGGCAUCCAAAGGGGCGACCUUUUUGAGCGACGACCAUCGUCCAGAGGCUACCAGCUUUAAGGAUGGCGGAGAACUUCUCGAUUUCGCCAUGCCCCCGUCGGAAGGCCCCCGGGACGGUCCUCCCGCCGACCCGAAUCGAGAGGCCGCCGCGGGUCUCCAGUCGGCCCCUCGUGACAGGUCCCAGGAAUCCCUGACCGAAUGCCCCGAUGACUUCGGGGAGUUCCAGAGUGAAAAGCCUAAAAUCAGUAAAUUUGACUUCCUGCUGGCCCAUUCGCAAAACAAAAUGAAAUCUAGUGAAGAAAUGAUCAAGAGUGAGCUGGCUACUUUUGAUCUCUCCGUUCAAGGGUCGCAUAAGAGAAGCCUGAGUCUCGGCGACAAAGAAAUAAGCCACUCCUCACCCUCCCCGGCUCUGGAGCAACCUUUCAGAGACCGCUCCAACACCGUGAGCGAGAAGCCCGCCGCUCUCCCUGUCAUCCGGGACAAGUACAAGGAUCUCACUGGGGAAGUGGAGGAAAGUGAGAGAUACGCCUAUGAAUGGAAGCGGUGUUUGGGGAGUGCAUUACAGGUUAUUAAGAAGGCAAAUGACACCUUAAAUGGAAUCAGUAGUUCAUCUGUUUGCACUGAAGUAAUUCAGUCAGCCCAAGGCAUGGAAUAUUUAUUAGGCGUGGUUGAGGUGUAUCGGGUGACGAAGCGGGUCGAGCUGGGGAUAAAGGCUACGGCCGUGUGCAGCGAGAGCCUCCAGCAGCUGCUGAAGGACAUCGAUAAAAUAUGGAAUAACCUGAUUGGAUUCAUGUCCCUGGCCACCCUCACGCCGGACGAAAAUUCCCUGGACUUCUCUUCCUGUAUGCUCCGUCCCGGAAUUAAAAACGCUCAGGAGCUCGCCUGUGGGGUGUGCCUGCUGAACGUUGAUUCGAGAAGCAGAAAAGAAGAGAAGCCUGCAGAAGAGCAUCUUAACAAAGCGUUCAACUCGGAGACGGACAAUUUCAAGCUAGCUUAUGGGGGGCACCAGUACCACGCCAGCUGCGCCAACUUCUGGAUCAACUGUGUGGAACCCAAGCCUCCCGGCCUCAUCCUCCCCGACCUGCUGUGAGAGGACGUGGGCUCUGUGAGGGACUCGGUGGAGCACCGUGAGCACUGUGAAGGGAGUACUGGCGGGUCCCCGUGGACUCGAGAGCUGAAGAGGGACCCCCCCCCCCGGAAAAGGCCCAGCCUGAAGCGCGUUGUGGGAGCAGCUUUACUCUACGGACUCCGGUUUUCUCUCCGGAGAGGAGUUGGCUGCUGCGGUAUUAAAUCUGUCGAGAGUUAAGCUUUAGAGAAAAGUAAAUUAUUGUCGUAGAAUAGAGGUGUGGUAGAAUAGAA